UGCGGCUCAUUAACAUAACAACUUUAGUUUUUCUACUAAAAAUCGCACCGCUUAUGGAAAGUGGCAAGUCUACAGCUGGUUUGCCGCAACGGCGCAACGAAUCAAAACAGUACACAUUUAAAAUAUUAAAAUAUAUCAGCAAAGAAACGCCAUACAAGCGCACCCAUCUGCACUACUUCAAAACGAUUUUACGUCGCAACCAGCCGACGCUGCUGAACAUGUCGCUGUUCAUACCAGAAGUGCUGAACUAUGUAUGGGUGAGAAUUAGGCUGCACUACAAGUUUAACACCUACCAGCCAUUUCUGAUCGAUAUGGAGCAGGAAGCUUGCGAAUAUAUAAGGAACCGUCCGAUCAUUCCACAGACGGAUUAUAUAUAUGAAACGUUCGUAAAACGUUUACCAGCCAUUGCCGGACCAUGUCCGCAUGGGAAUAGAACAUAUGACAUUGUUUGGUGGCUCGAGGAGCGGCAUACACCACGCUCCAUUCCGGCAGGAGAGUAUCGGCUGGAUAUGAAAUUUGUCGCCAUUGAUAACGUGACGCUCUUUGCUUCGGAAACGUACUUUACGGCUAGGCGUAAUGGUAUCUUACGCUCGAUGAUUGAAUGGUAAUAAUGUUGGGCAGAAGAUACGUAGAUAAUGGCACGAGAGUAACUUAAAUAUUCGCAUCGGUCUAAUAUUGCGUUGUUUCUACGGCAGAUACCUGUAAAAUGUGUGUAGU